AUGAAAGCAAAUAAAAAGAAAGAAUUGACUGAAGAACUAUUUUCUUAUCAACAAUAUCAGCAUGAAGAAUUAGGGAAAAAAUUCCAAGAAUUAGGGAAAAAAUUCCAAGAAUUAGGGAAAAAAUAUUGCCAAGGCAAUUUUUCCCCGGUCCCAAAUCCACCACGAAAAACACGCCUGAGCCCGCGAAUAUUUUCAGAACGAGAUAAGAACCAGUUUUUUCAACAAAAAAUAGCCUUAGCAUUAAGCCGAGAAACCGCUCGGAAAAUUAUUUUUACCCGCUUCGAGUUUGCCGAAAAGAUUAAUAAAUUAGACUCGGCCACGAGGAAAAUAAUUGAAGGAAAGAUUGUUCCCAAAAAUGGCAGCAGUUACUCGCAACAUAUUAGUUAUUUGAGCGAGCGAAAAUUAGAAGAUUAUGUGCAAUUAGUAAUCAACCAAUUCCGUGCUAAGAUUGCGGCUACGAAUAUUUUACCCGAAACCGUUCGAGUUUUUCGCAACACCAAAGACCUUUUAGAAAGUCAACAACGACAAUUAAUUAAUAACCAAAACCGAGAACUAGACACAGCCCGGCAAAAUGCUUGGUUCCAAAUCAACCAAGAUUUAACCCAGAUUCAGAAAGCCGGAUUUGAGUUGGAAGAUUUUACCCGCGGUCAAGAAAAUUACCUCGCCGCCAAAAAAGUUUUACUGGAUAUUUUAAACCGAGUGAAAGAAAUUACUUCCCAAAGCACCCGAGCCGAGUUGGGAGAUAUAAUUAGCGAAUUAGACCGUCAGUAUCAAAAAUGCCAAGAAGAUAACGACUUAAAAUUGCUUGUCCAAGAACUAAACUUGGAACCAAAUUUGGCUACCCUCAAAAAUUUCUGA